CUCACACAAUGAUAAGAAGAGUGAAAGUUACUACGAGAGCAAAGCAUUUCCUAUACCAAGACUACACAACCCAAAGAUCUUGCCAGAAAUGGCUACUACUUCAACAAGCUUCUCCAUGUUGGGAUGGGCCGGAAGGAGUCGUCAGAUUCCAGGUCACAGGACGAGAACUGUAACAGCUCAACAACAGGCUGACGUACAACAGCAACAACAGCAGCAACAACAGAAGCAGCAGAAAGCGAACGUAGAGAAGCAACAGCCUCUAUCACAGCCACAGCCACAGUCACAGCCCCAAGUGAUGACCAAGAGCAUGAACAUGAGUAGGGAGUAUGGUGGCCAAUGGCUAAGCAGCGUCACACGUCAUGUGAGGAUCUACGCAGCCUACAUAGACCCAGUCACACACGCCUUUGAUCAGACCCAGAUGGACAAGCUGACCCUUAUCCUCGACCCUUCCAAUGAGUUUGUAUGGACCCCAGAGACUUGCAACAAGGUUUAUGCCUACUUUCAGGAGCUCGUCGACCAUUAUGAGGGAGCUCCGCUGACAGAGUACACCCUCCGUCUUAUUGGAUCCGACAUAGAGCACUACAUCCGCAAGAUGUUGUACGAUGGGGAGAUCAAGUACAACAUGAAUGCGAAGACACUCAACUUCAGCAUGGGAAAGCCCCGCGUCAUUUUCAACAACCCGCUCCAAAAUGUACAAUAAAGAAGAUCUAGACAAGUGACAUGAUACCAUCAUUUGAUAUUCAUAUAUACAUAUCAUAUUACGCCAAAAUUUCAUUUCUCAGCCGAUAUGGCCAUCAGUCUCAUUCAACUUAACUCUUGUCCCUAAGCUUUCGGGUUGUCAUGCAAUUCGAAUGGGAGGCAUUAUCUCAGUACAAGCAAUCACAAUGGGAGUCAGUCUCAGGACAAGCAAUCGGAGUUGUACAAAGCGGUGAUUGUAUGAGUGCCAGUCAGUAUAAUAAAACUUACUUACUUUCCAA